ACUACUGAUCGAGCUACGUAGCAAGCGAGCCAGUUUUUUCUGUCCACCGCACCGCACGCCACACACUCGUUAAGCCAGUGCCAACACGAGAAGUCGCCACUAAUAAAUUACUGUUUUUUACUGCACUCGCAACAGUCACCGCCGCGCAGCCGAGUAAUUUAUACGUUAAAAUAAACAUUAAUCAGCAGUCAUCGCAGUUGUUAGCGCCCGAACACAGCCAAGCCCCGCCCGCAAAGCAUCACAUCAUAGACCAGACAAAAUGUUCGCUGUGAUGCAGAUCGACGAAGAUCACACGCGGGAUUUCAGACGCAAGCUGCGUCCGAAAUGCGAGUUCGUGUGCAAAUACUGCCAGCGGCGCUUCACCAAGUCCUACAACCUGAUGAUACAUGAGAGGACCCACAAAAGCCCGGAGCUCUCCUUCAGCUGCGAGGUCUGCGGGAAGAGCUUUAAGAGGCAGGACAACUUGCGCCAGCACAGAGAAAUACAUUACAAUCCAUCGAAGGAGACCAUGUAUUUAAGAUGGUGACCACAUCUCAUGGGAUUGUGACGUCACUACAAAUAACAAUUGCAACCUCUCUUCUUUUACGUAACAGUAUUCGUGCUUCAUCAUUAACCACCGCCAGAAUGGGAUAUUGCAAUGUUUCGGUUUUAAUAUUAGGAAUGUUACAGUUUUGGUUUUGCUAUAUUGAUACAUUCAAUUUCUAAUUUCAACGUUCUAAAUUUAUUAGCCUUUGUGAUAUUUACAUUCAGCGUAAACUAUAAACUGUUUGGUGCGACGGGGUUUGUUUGUUUUUUUUUCGGAACAUGAAAAUAAAUGUACAAACAAUUCUAAUUUUAAAAUUAGUUUGACAUUCCAUUAAUAUACAUUUUGAUUUAAGAAUAUUUGUCAUUUGUUUUCCUGUUCUAUUGAUUAUUGACAGCUGGACAUUCUGGUGAUUUGUAAAUAGUAUUUAUUAGGUUAAAUGAUUAGCAUUUAAAACAGCUUAACUGCUUAGCUAUAUUUUAAUGUAAAGUAAUAUUUAUAUUAUACCUAUUUAAUAAACAUUGUUAUUAUUGUUAAGGUAAUACGUAGAACGUAUGCUGUUCUAAAAUUAAUACAGUUUCGGGUGACAUGAAAGUUAAAACAUUCCUUUUAAUUUGAUGUAUGUACAAUAAUAUGGGUUGUUCCUAGGUAAUGUUAGGAGACAUCUAAUAAAUUGUUAAUACUUUUUUUUUGUAUUGUGAUAAAUGACUUUUAAGACAGUAUUUUCAAUACAGAUACGAUAUGUUCUAAUAACGGUUUUAAAAUUUUAUUUGAUAUGCUAAUGUCGAAAACGAUUGUGAAAUUUCAUCGGUGAAAUAUCCAUGAUUAAAAGAUAUUAAAUAUUUAUGUUUUCAUUGAUCUUUUUUAUCUGUAAUAGUUUCAUAAUUCAUAAUUUUGAAGUUUUUGACAUUAAUAUGUUCAAAUGAGAGUAGUUGGGUGAGCCUUAUUUAAUCAUAAUAUAGUAUUUUCAAUAUAAAACAAUAAUUUUAAGUAUGCUUCCAUUUUAUAACUUAAGAAAUGUGAUACAAUUUUCUGAUUUGGAAAUUUAAAAAUAUACAUUUUAUCGAUAGAUACAGAUUGUUUAAAUGUAUUUAUUAUAAAAUUAUUAAUUGUGAUUUUUAUUUCGGAAAAUUAUAUGUUUUAUUAAAUUGGCUUCCAUAAAACUUUGCCAUUAUUUCGAUGCUUCUGCGAAAUACAUGAGGUAGGGUUUGCAAAAAAUGUGUUAACAUUUACUUUAAUUGUCUGUAUACGCCAUAUAUAAAUAUGUUAUGAUAAUAUAUGAUUUGUCAUAUAAGACAUUAAGCUAAGCCGCUUACGCUUCGAUAAUAAUGUUAUAUAGAAAACUAGAGAUUAGAUUUUCGUAUUCAUUAUGUAAGAAUUGGUAUAAAUCGUGUUGAAUUAUCAUUGCGCGUUUUUAUUGUGUUUAAUAUAUAUACAUCACGUGUUACAUUUUAACCUGUCAGAGAUUAAAAUGUGACUCGUGAUAAUUUUUUUUCGGCGUAAGCAUAAAAGUGAGUUUACAUGUACCCUCAUAGAACGCACCGAAAGAGUAGACCGAGCCGAAAGAAUCGAACGAACCGAGAGAAUCGUCUACUUCGUACUAAAAUGUUGCCACUUCGUUUCGUUCGUCACGGUCGAUUCUUCAGUAUAUGCCAUAUUUUGUACAUUGUUGCCCAGAUUCGUUACUUAAUGAAUACGCUAUUUAAUUAAUGUCAAAUGUGCCAAUAAACGGACAGUCUCCUGUCGUUAGCCAUAUUUCUUGAAAUAGUUUUUAGAUGUAUAAAAAUAUAUUUUAUAAUUUUGAUUAUUUUAUAUAUGUAUGUACGUUUUCCAUUUAAUUAUUUAGAUUGAUGGU